AUGGAACUUAGGAUGGAAAACAUCGGGAACCUUUAUACGGUUUCACAUUCUCAUCAAACGGACAAUCUGAUGAACUCUCCUCACACGAGACAGUCGGUGUCUCACCGUAACCUGGUGCACGGCCGACCAUCCAGCAUGGUAUCUAGCAUGGCUUCGAUACUGGACGGAGCUGGGGAAUAUCGCCACGACCACUCGCUCUCCGCUCCUUUUUCCACAGCUAUGAGUAUGCCCUGCGAUUCUGGCAUGAGCAUCAAUAGCACGUACACCACUCUAUCACCGCUACAGCACCUGCCAUCGAUAUCUACGGUAUCGGACAAAUUUGCGCAUCACCACCAUCCGCACUCACAUCACGCGUAUCAUCAUCCCGCGCACCAGCGCUUGGCCGCUGGAAAUGUCAGCGGCAGCUUCACGCUUCUGCGCGACGAGCGCGGCUUGGCCUCCAUGGGCAACCUGUACGCCCACUAUCCCAAAGACAUUUCCUGCAUGGCACAGCCGCUCUCGCCGCUGUCCAACGGUUUAAGUACUUUGCACAACGCGCAGCAGCCUCUUUGCGCCUACGAUCAUGGUACUCACCUCUCCAGCGACAAGACGAUAUCGCGAGGAGGCUUCGAGACUCACGCGGCGAUACUCGGUCGGAGUAAUUUUGAGAGCCACGGUACCGGAAUCACGUCCCCUCUGAACGGCAUACACCACCCAGGUCAAUCGCAUUUUCACUCUAAUGGAUCUAUGCUGUCGGAGCGCGACAGGCAUGAAGCCGGUGGCACUCAACAAGCAGUCGGAUCCAGCCAAACAGAUGAGAUCAACACGAAAGAGGUGGCACAGAGAAUAACGGCAGAACUAAAACGCUACAGCAUUCCGCAGGCUAUCUUCGCCCAGAGGAUAUUGUCUCGGUCCCAAGGCACUCUAUCUGACCUCCUGAGGAAUCCUAAACCGUGGAGUAAGCUAAAAUCAGGACGGGAGACGUUCAGGAGGAUGUGGAAGUGGCUGCAAGAGCCCGAGUUCCAGCGCAUGUCAGCCCUUAGACUCGCAGCUUGUAAGCGAAAAGAGCAAGAGCAGCUGAAGGAGCACAGCACAAUCCCUAAAAAGCAGCGCCUCGUGUUCACCGACCUGCAGCGUCGCACGCUUAUUGCCAUCUUUAAGGAGAAUAAGCGGCCAAGUAGGGAAAUGCAGUUGACCAUCGCACAACAGCUGGGUCUGGAGCUCAGCACAGUCAGCAACUUUUUCAUGAAUGCCCGACGUCGUUGCACUACCCACUGGUAUGAUGGGAACCAGCAAGGUGACGGAAGCGGCACGGGGCAGACCGUCACCUCCACUGCCAAUUUCUCCAAAGCCUGAGGAUGACGGCUUCCCCACAGGUCUCCCCAAAUGUGCUAAUUCCUUCAGACAUCAUGCAUAGUGUGCCAUGCAAUCCUAAUUGCUGCCAACAAUCAGCAACACUUCGCAUCAGUGCAAUCUUUAAGCAAGACAACAGGCAAAAAUCCCACACACGUGUACCUGGAGUCAGUCAGCAUCUUCAAAAGAGGCAUCUUGGUCCUUCAGUGGCCUCCUUACAGCAUCAGUGUUCCACAAGUAACACAAGGGUCAAACAAAGCGUCAUUGUCCACCCAAGACUUCACUCUUCUUCUACCACAGAAUACUGUAAUUAAUUAAAGGCUGUUUAAUGCCACUUUUCAGAUCAUACACUACACUAACAAAGUCCCGAUCUCCACCAAAGUCGAAGUAUACGUCACCCUUCCCAGCUGUGAAAUUGCAGACGGGCCAUUUCAGCCUCUUUAGCACAGAGAUGUCAGCAUGCUCAAAGGACUUUAACACCUCCUGCAACAGCCAAGAAAAUUACUAACAGUGCAGGAAAGCUUGGUCUCUGUAUUUAUAAUACAAUCAGCAUAUGACAACCAAAUCAUUAUCCAGGAUCUGUAGGAUUACACUGCCACCUGGUGGUCAUUACAGUGCAUUGCUGCUAAAAUUCAGUGAGUUAAUACAGACAGUUUGUGAACCAAAUUAAGCUGUAAAACCUUGAAUUCUGUUUCAAACACUAUUAAAAUGUUGGUGACAAAUCCAACUUCCAAUUUAUACUAUAAUCAUAUAAUGAACAGCAAAAUACAACAUGAAAUGUUACAGAAAAAAAGAGUGCCAAUAAUAUUUGCCUUAACGUAAUCUCAGAAGCUCUUUGCUAUGCGCACACAAAACAAAUUAGCUCUACUAAAGU